UAGUCCACCAUUAUUGUCCAUAAUCACGUGAUAUCACGUGCAGUAGCCGUUACAUUGCUCCCCGCGAAAUCGGUGCGCUUUUGAAAAAGUCAAGCUAUAGCUUCGACUUCCAUUUACUUUCAUCACCAAUUAUGAUUGAAAAUUUCGUUGAUCUUUUUCUUUGUCCCUUUUCCCCUUCUCAAAUUGCAAAACUGUAAGCGAUAUUUAUGGCAAUGGAAACAUCGAUACUUUCACCAACACAGAAAUACGCAGCCUCAGCUCUGUUCGCUCUGGCUCUUCACCAUUCUCAGGCUCACCAAAAACGCCCAACGAAUCCUCUCCUUUCUCUAAAAGAAGAGCCAAUCGGCGAAGGAGCAAGCACUAAUAACACUGUCUCGGUCUCUGAUAAUCCCCAGCUUUGGAUCCAUGAGAAUUCCGGUUUGCUUUUGCCCGUUUUCAGGUUUAUGGGAGUGGACGAUCAAGCUUGGGAUGGGCUUAAAGAAACCGCCGGAGUAUCUACUCAACCAAGGCAUCAUGUUGGAUCAUUCUUGACAUUACUCUGUGAGGAAAAUGACGGGGUCUCUUCUGGAAUACGAGAAAAGGAACUUGCUUUACUUAAGGCUGUGGAUGCUACAAUACUUAGUUUAGAGAGCUCUCUCGUUGCUUCUGAGGAUAUUGAUAGGAUUGGUGACUAUGAAACUAAGUGCCGCGAGAGGUGCGGUUAUCCUAUGACAGAGUCAACUGCUGCAGCUAGGGAUCCUAAUGGAAGAAUUGGAAGGACUACUUUCGAUGUAUCCAAUGAUGAAGAAGAUUUGGAUGGAUCAGGAAGUAAAGUUUCUGAGAAACCAAUGGAAGAGAGAAAAUUGCUUGCUGAGGAGAGGAAAAUAACUGUUCUUUAUGAGCUUCUUUCAGCUUGUGUAGCUGAUGAUCUCAGCGACGACGGAUCAAAGGGCUAUGAUGCUCGGCACCGUGUAGCUCUGCGUUUGCUGGCUACUUGGCUCAAUGUCAAAUGGAUUAAAAUGGAAGCUAUGGAGAUAAUGGUUGCUUUCUCUCUCAAGGUUCCUCUGAAGAAGGAAGAUGGAGAGGAAGAUAAAAAGAGUACGACAGAUGAUUGGAAACGGGGAGGCAUGAUUGGUGCUGCUGCUUUAACAGGAGGAACCUUGAUGGCCCUUACUGGUGGCCUAGCUGCCCCUGCUAUUGCACAGGGAUUAGGUGCCCUGGCUCCUACAUUAGGCAGCAUUGUACCUGCAGUUGGAGCAGGUGGAUUUGCCGCAGCAGCUAGUGCUACAGGAUCAGUCGCUGGUGCAGCUGCUGUUGCUGCAUCAUUUGGAGCUGCUGGCGCUGGUCUUGCAGGAAGUAAAGUGGCUAAAAGAACGGGUGGCCUUGACGAAUUUGAAUUCAAACAAACUGGGAAAAAUCAUAACCAAGGCCGGCUGGCAGUUGGAAUCUUGAUUUCUGGAAUUGUCUUUGAUGAAGAAGAUUUUUUAAGACCUUGGGAAGAUCAUAAUGAUAACUUGGAGAGGUAUGUGCUAAAAUGGGAGUCUGAGAAUCUGAUUGCACUGAACUCGGGAAUACGGGAGUGGCUUACUUCAAAAAUUGCAUUAGACGUAAUGCAAGGAGGAGCCAUGCUGACUGUAUUAAGUACACUGUUAACAGCACUAACUCCGCCAGUAGCUUUGGUUACCGCAUCUGAUCUUAUCGAUAGUGCAUGGGCGAUUGCUGCUGACAGAUCUGAUAAAGCUGGAAAGCUGUUAGCUGAAGUGUUGCUAAAUGGAUUGCAGGGAAACAGACCCGUGACACUCGUUGGUUUCUCAUUGGGUGGCCGAGUAAUCUUGAAAUGUCUCCAGUGUCUAGCUGAAACAAAAGGAGAUAAUGCUAAACUUGUUGAAAGGGUUGUUCUUCUUGGAGCACCAGUUUCAAUAAACGAUGAAAAUUGGGAAGACGCCAGAAAAAUGGUGGCAGGACGAUUUGUCAAUGUUUACAGUACUAAUGAUUGGACGCUUGGAAUAAUUUUUCGUGCCAGCAUUCUUUCCACGGGAUUGGCUGGAAUUCAACCUGUUGAUCUUCAAGGGAUUGAAAAUGUUGAUGCAACUGAAAUUAUACGGGGCCACUACUCCUAUCUUUGGAUGACAAAGCAAAUCUUGAGACAGCUCGAUCUAGACUACUAUUAUCCUAUUUUCAGGACCACCCAGGAAAAGAAAAGCAAACAAACGUAG